AGCGGAAGGCUGGCUUUACGGCAAUCCAGGUUCUCCUGCCGGCGCCUGGUCUCCAGGCUCCUGGUUUCCCCACGUGUGUUGCUGACUGUAUUCCGCUGGUGAUUCUACUUGUCGGCGUGGUACAGCUACACUGAAGAGUGGCAGCCUCGGCUUGGAUCGUGAGCUGAUGGAGUUUGUCGCUGGGCAGGAAGGGACUCCCGGAGGAGGUCUCCUGAGGGUAUUGGAGGGGGCGCGGCCGAGUCCUGAGGCUGGAGGGCUGGGAAUCAGGAACUUAGCUGGGAGUCUGGAGGCCGGUGGAGGAGAGGAGAGGAAUGGCCUGACGGGAAUGAAGAAGACAGAGGAUGUGGAGGGGAUCAAAAUAGACUUAACGGUUGUGAAGCAAGAAGUGGUGGACUGGUCGGAUUCAGAUGGGGGCAUGUUGGACGGGCGCUGUAUAAAGCAGGAAGUGGAGGAUGGGCCAGACAUGAAGGAUGAGCCGGCAGGCAUACUGCAGGUGAAGCAGGAGGUGGACGGUGGUUUGGUGGUAAAAGAAGAAAAGGUGGGUGAACCCGAAGUGAAGGAAGAGGAAGUGAAGGUGAAGGAAGAGGUAAUGGACUGGGUGGACGUGAAGGAGCAGGACCAGCAGGAGAACUUGAAACAGGAGUUGUUUGUUCAUCAGACCGUAAAGGAGGAGCAGAUGGUGGAUGGAGCGAGUGUGAAAGAAGAGGAUAUCCUGAAGAGAGAAGCGAUAGAGGACCCAAAGGUGAAAGAAGAGCCCCGGAUGAAUCCCCCAGUGGGCUCUAAGCGGAAACUGGCCAUGUCGAGGUGUGAAACAUGUGGUACAGAAGAAGCAAAGUACAGAUGUCCGCGCUGCAUGCGCUACUCCUGCAGUUUGCCUUGUGUAAAGAAGCACAAAGCAGAGCUGACGUGCAAUGGAAUUCGAGAUAAAACUGCCUAUGUCUCAAUACAGCAGUUUACUGAAAUGAAUCUCCUAAGUGAUUAUCGAUUUUUGGAAGAUGUGGCAAGAACAGCAGAUCAUAUUUCAAGAGAUACUUCCUUAAAAAGACCAACAAGCAACAAACAUAUGUACUUUAUGAAAAAUCGUGCCCGAAAGCAGGGUAUUAACUUAAAACUUCUACCCAAUGGAUUCACCAAGAGGAAAGAGAAUUCAACAUACUUUGAUAAGAGAAAACAGCAGUUUUUUUGGCAUGUGAAGCUCCAGUUUCCUCAGAGUCAAGCCGAGUACAUAGAGAAAAGAGUACCAGAUGAUAAAACCGUUAAUGAAAUUCUGAAGCCUUACAUUGACCCUGAACAGUCUGACCCAGUGAUUCGUCAACGAUUGAAAGUUUAUGUUCGCUCACAGACUGGGAUCCAAAUUUUAAUGAAGGCUGAAAAUAUGCAGCAGAAUUUCAUAAGAUAUCAUGAACUGGAUCCUUGCAAAAGUCUUUUAGACAAUUUGAGGAGCAAAGUCAUCAUUGAAUAUCCAACUUUGCAUGUGGUUUUGAAAGGAUCUUGCAAUGACAUAAAAGUUCUUCAUCAAGUGAAAAGUGAAUCUGCCAAGAAUUUUGGCAAUGAACAUUGAGCACUUCUGGAAGAAGAUGAAGAUUCCCAGGCAGCUGCAGAGGGUUGUGUGUUGCUGGACUGCUGGAUGAUUUGGGGUAUUGUCAGUGGGUGGUUAGAAUUUUUUUGUCUGAAAAAUAAUUAAACCAUCUAAACCUUCCUUUUCAAAAAGAAAAAAAAAUGUAUUUUAUAGCCUCUCGAAUUAACUGACAUAAAGCCUCUUCUUUCAAAGGAUGAACGCCUUUGCACUUGAUACAUGUAGCACUCAUUAGGCUUUUAAUAUGCUUAAUUCUGUAAGCUGAAGACAUUUUGUUAGAUUGACACAAAACCAAACCCAAGGAUCACCUGUGUCAGCCGCAAAGUUGACCUUCUCUGUAGUCGACCCUUCCCGGAGAGAAUGACACACAGGAGACCAUCUAGCCCAGGGAAACUGGUUCUCCAACAGUUGGCCUUUGUCGUCUUUGGGGUUGAUGUGUAAGUCACCUCUCUUAAGACAACUCCUAUACUGGAGAAACUCCCAGUACAAUGUCUUCUGAAAAGGCCAAGUAAAUAAUAUUAAUUACUAUGUGUCUAUUCAGUUAAAAAAUCAGUAGCUCUACAUUGAGUGAUCAGUGAUGACAAACCUGGCUGUUUUCACACAAGUUCUUGUGAAUUCUGUGCCUCAGCCAGUCCUCUCUCCUUAUCAUGCAGGGAUACCGUGAUGGCGCCUGCUGCGUUUUGAUACACUGAGCAGUAACUAAAGAAAAAGAGCAUACUUGGAACUCCAGUGUGUCACUGAAAUGUAUGGAUGUGUAUUUAUGUAUAUAAGUGGCUUAAUGUAUACCUUAUGACAGUUCACAUGUUGAAAUUAAACUGAUAAUUUCAUUGGCAUUUCUACAGUUAUGAAACUGCAAUUUGACAGUGAAAGAGUCAGUAUAGCAUUACUACAUCUGUAUUGCAUCUGUGUACUUGAUGUUUAGAAAACUGGUAAAAUUGAACAGUAAUGAAAUUCAUUUGGUUUAUAAGUAGAAUAAGUUUCAGACCAAAAAGAAAACAAAGGCUUUGAAGAAACUUAGGAUUAGAAUUAUGAAAAUACAGUAAAAGGAGCAUAGAAGAAAUUUGAAGACUAUAAAUGUAUAUAUAUGUAACUUGGGACAGAACACUGUGGAAGUGCAGCUCAUGGAAGAUAAGCGGUCGUGUGAGAAUAGAGCUGUAUUCGUAUCCAACAGCCUCAGGAACCUGACAUGGCAAAGGGUUCUUACAGAAUUAUGUUUGCAAUAUCACUGGCUAGACAGCUAAGGGAUCAAGUCUAAUCCAAAAGUGACAUUUGGAUCACUAAAAAAGGUGGGAAGAGCUGAAUCAAAUGGUCAUGGAGUUGUGGGAAGUGGGCAAAAGUACAGGAAGAACAUGCGCUCUGAGUAUCAGGUGGAGAGGAGUUUCCUCACAGGGCAGCCUGUUAUGCUGUUGUCUCAAUGCUAAGAAAAGUAUUGAACUCUAUCCCGUCUAGAAUUUAAGUUGAAAAUUGGACCCCC